AUGGAUGCUGGGAAGCAGGGCAGCAGUUCAUUUUGGACUCGGGAGGCGAUCAGGGAAUAUGAAGUGGCCUUGGUUUCAUAUAUUGAGGCCCAUCGCAUUCGCGUUCCUUGGGAAAAAGUUGCAGCAUAUCUGCCUGGAAGAACUGUGGCCGAAGUCAAAGAGCACUAUGACGAACUAGUGGAAAGCAUCUGCAGGACUCAUCCUUAUGCACUGUCUCUUCCCUACUGUCAUCUACCUGAGGAUUCUGCUGCUGGUUGUAGUGAUGGCAACAUGGGAAGUGUGGUUGAACCAACGAGAGACCAAGGAGAGAUCACGAGCACCGCAGAGAGCAACCCUGGACAGGGGAACGACACAGGUGGCGAUUCUGUGAUCACAGACGAGCAUCAUCCGUCAGAAGACGAUGAACAGGGACAGGAGGCGUGGUCGAAGGCUCCAUGA